AUGUCAGCCAACGCUCCGCCAAUCAUCCCAUACAUCCACCUCUUGUGCAUGGAGGACUCAUGUAGCGAAGCGUUCACAAAGGCGGCCAAGUCAUAUCAACUGCCUGCAUCAGUCCGAUUCGAGCUUCAUCGCGCCGCCCUCCAGUUCGUCCCAGAUACGGCCAAGUUCGACCUGGUCGUGUCCCCAGCCAACUCGUACGGACGCCUAGACGGCGGGUUCGACGAUGCUAUUUCCCGCGCAUUCUCCCCGCGAGGCGAUUACCUCGCCCUCACCCACGUCGCUCAGGCAAAGCUAUACGAUGAGUGGUGUGGCUUCGCGCCCCCCGGGAGCUGUACCUUGGUCCGCAUCCCCGACGAGUUUCGAGACAGGUCCAAGAAUGUCUGGGGCACGAGGUACAUCGCCCUGUGCCCGACCAUGAGGACGCCGCGGGAGGUAGAGUGGGACAGGGAGGUUGUGUACGAGAGCAUCUGGAGCCUCUUGGUGGCUAUCGACAAGCACAAUCGGGCGCGUCCCGAGGAUAGGAUUUCCAGCAUCCUGAUGACGCCGCUGGCGACGGGAACGGGUCGCGUGAGCCCUGAGAGAUGGGCGCAUCAGAUGUUCUUGGCCAUGAAGCACUUUGUUGAUGCGAAGCGGCAUCCCGACAAAUGGAGCAAGCUGGAGAAUGUCGAGAUUUUUGAGUAUGCCAACGAAGUCGCGGAAACUUGGACCAUGUGA